UUCCGCCGCCGCCGCACGCGGUAGCCAAGUAGGGGGGGCGCGCCGACGGCUGCGCAGCACCCCGGCGCGCACGCAACAACCGCCGCCGCGGCACGACGCAGUGCACGCGCAGCCGGACGGCAGCGGACGCAAACCACCGCCACCGCCGCCGCUUCCACCGUCGCCCGUGGUUGUCGUCGUUGUCGUCGUCGUCGUCGUCGUCGCCGUCGUCGUCGCCGCCGCCACCGCCACCGACGCCGCCACUGCCGCGGCACUGCGGCAGUCGUGUACCCCGGCACAGGUGGCCCGCGCGUCGUUUGGCCGCACAGCGACGGUUGGGUUGCAAAACAUUUUCACGGCUGAGCCAUAAACGACGAUCGCACACCCGCCGGCAGCAAUAUUAAUCGGUGGCAGCGGCGGCGGCGGCGGUGGUAGCGACGGCGACGGACCAAAGACAUCCCCACACAACAACAACCAUAGCGCGGCGACAGAAACGGCGACGGCGGCGGCGGCCCGGCGACGACGAUAACAUGGAGGAACAGUUGAUCGCAGAGAUCGAGCGGCGGCCCGUGCUGUAUGACAGGAGCGUGCAGGCGUGCAAAAAGAUGUCUGCUCGGGACGAAGCGUGGCGCGAAGUGGCCGAAAUAAUGAAGCAAUCCGAGGCCGAAGUGAAAAAACGGUGGAGAACGCUCCGGGAUUCGUUCAUGCGGUUCCACCGGCUGCAGCGGACGUUCGGGCCCAAGGGCAAGAAGAAGAUGUGGAUUUACUACAACGAAAUGGCUUUUUUGAUACCGCACAUCGAGCCCAGAGACUACAAGAUGUCCGGAGCCUUCGACGGCGCCGAGUUCAACGACGACUGCAACGCGGACAUGGACAACAACAGCCGGACGGCCGCGGAAACCCAUCCCGCUGACAUGGUGUCCAUCGCGUCCGACAUGUGUGAGGCCGAGCUGACGACGCCGCCAAUCGGCAGCGCCGGGUGCCAGUGCUUCAACGGCAUCGGUCUGCACGUGCAACAGGAACCAUCGAACAUGUUGAUGAUGGAACCGGUCGGCGGCGGCGUCAAGCGCAAGGGGUCAGACGACUCUUCGGACUCGGUCACCGACUCCGACGAACACUUCGCGCUCAGUUGCGUCGCAUCGCUGCGCCGUCUGCCCAUACGGAAAAACGCCGAAAUGCGCAUGAGGAUCUUGCACAUGCUUUACGAGGCCGAGUACGGCGAAGAACCCGUACUGCGAUAAAUCGUCGCGAUCGUCGCGUUUUCCAUCAUAUGAUAUUCACAUUAUUAUUGUCAUCAAUAUAAGUCUAUAACUGUGACAUUUUGUACAUAUUAUUUUCUUAUUUACUAUUAAUAUUAUUACUAUUAUUUAGUACACCAUUAUUAUAAUAUAUACUCUUAUGUUGUAUUGAUAUAUAUAGAUGAUAUUAUUAUUGGUCAAAAUCAUCCAUUUUACUUACCUACAUUGUGACUAUUGUAACAUUUAAGUGAUUUAUUGUAAUUAAAUAAAAAUAAUAAAAUAUAGUUUUUUUUUAUA